GUAAAGGGAGAAAAAGCAAAGCAAGCUAGAAAAAAGCACAUAGCUGUGCUGUGUUUUACCUUCAUCUCAGAGCUUUUAUUUUCUUGCAAACAAGGGAGACUUGAAGCAUCAUUACCCACAUGCAGGGGAGGAGUUGCCUCUGCUGUUGCUUCUGUUGUAUGAAGCAAGUUGCUUCCAGACACAGUUUCACUCAUGGGAGGUGCAAUGGACUAAAAAGUUUCUCAUGAGUUCUUGUGCAUCACCCCUUGAUCCUCAGCCUCUCUGAAGGCUUGAGCUGUAGGGGAGGAUGUUUUGCACAGACGGGACUGCAGCCCAGGGAUGGUGUUUAUGGAACUGUGAGAGGAUACAGAGGGAGAUAGAAUGUCUGAGCCUCCUCCGGCAAUGAGUGAAAGAUUUGACAUCUCUUACAUGGAGAAAAAAAACAGGUUAAAAUGACUUAUCCUGAUUUAAGCAAUGACAGCUUUGCCAACCACACAGACAGCAGGUGGGACCUGGUUGGCAAUGAGACAAGGAACUUUACCAAUGGUACAUCUUUGGACAUCCAGGCACUUAGCGUGGGCUGCUUCCUUGCAAUCUUUAUACUAUUUGCAAUUGUGGGGAACAUCAUGGUUAUUCUCUCGGUGGCAUGCAACAGGCAGCUUCAGACAGUCACCAAUUACUUUAUUAUUAACUUGGCCAUAGCAGAUCUUCUUCUGAGCACCACUGUGCUCCCCUUCUCUGCAACACUGGAAGUCUUAGGCUUUUGGGCUUUUGGAAGGAUCUUUUGUGACAUUUGGGCUGCUGUAGAUGUCCUCUGCUGCACAGCGUCCAUUAUGAGCCUAUGCAUCAUAUCCAUUGACAGAUAUAUAGGGGUCAAGUACUCAAUCAAGUAUCCCACCAUAAUGACUGAGAAGAAAGCUGUUAUCAUCUUGAUAGUUCUCUGGUUGUCCUCAAUGGUAAUAUCCAUUGGACCUCUCUUGGGAUGGAAGGAACCUCCACCCAAGGAUGAUCGGGAGUGCAGCAUUACAGAGGAACCUGGUUAUGCAAUAUUUUCUUCUCUAUUCUCUUUUUAUUUGCCCUUGCUGGUUAUCUUGGUCAUGUAUUUUAGAGUCUACGUUGUGGCCAGGAGGACCACAAAGAGUCUUGAAGCUGGAGUAAAGAAGGAGAGGAACAAAUCUAUGGAAGUUGUCCUUAGGAUUCAUUGCAGAAGUGUGAUGGAAGAUUCUUCCUCCAGCACAAGAAAUAAGCACAAUUUCAGAAGCUCCCUGUCUGUCAGACUAUUAAAAUUUUCGAGAGAGAAAAAAGCUGCAAAAACGCUUGCUAUAGUGGUUGGGAUAUUUAUCCUCUGCUGGUGUCCCUUCUUUCUGGUCCUCCCACUAGGGUCUUUAUUUCCUUCUCUGAAACCAUCAGAUUCGGUCUUCAAGGUGAUCUUCUGGUUGGGAUAUUUCAACAGCUGUGUCAAUCCUAUCAUAUACCCGUGUUCCAGUAAGGAAUUCAAAAGAGCUUUCACCAGGCUGUUGCGAUGUCAGUGCCGAAGAAGACGGCGACCAUUAUGGAGGGUCUAUGACCAUCAAUGGAGAUCAUCCAUGAAUAGUUCUGGGAGGGGAUCUGAUGGGGAACAUCAUACAAAUUUUUCUUCUAGGAAUUCAUCUUUAAUAUUCCGUUCAGGGAAUCCUGAAAUAACUACUAAGAGGAAAUCUAUAGAUUUUAAUAGGUGGAAACUUCUUUCUUCUUUUCAAAAACCAUCUUUCCAGCUUAAGGAAAAAAUGAACAGUCUGUCGAACAAAAUAAGGAAUGGUUCGAUUAAAAGUAAUGUCUCAGUUGCGCACACAAGUGAAGUUGAAUCAAUUUCAAUGGUUGUAUCUACUGAUCUUUUAGAACAUGAAUAUGAAAUGUAUGAUCUAACAGACUGUUGUGGACUCAGAGAAACAGAUAUUUAGGUGGAACAUUAUUUUAUUUUAGUAUUUUUGAGAUUGUUUUAAACAUGACAUGUUGAAGAGAAAUAUAUUACAUCUAUAUAUGAUACAUGCUAUUAAUAUAAUUGUGAAAAAUCAGAUGGGAAAUGUUUUAACCUUGAUGGAUUUUUAUUUCCAAUCUAAUAAAUGAUGAAAUUAAAUAAGAAAAGUAUGUGUUUAUAAAAAAAAAACUAAAUAUCCAAUAAAUUAAAUUUGAAAGUGAAAA